GAAGGAAAAUACGAGAACAAAGCUGCAACACAUUUAGCCUCUCAGGGUCUGAUCCCUCUCGCUUGUCAAGUGUUUGCCGGCGGUUCCAUCACAGCAAGAAGCAAACUAAUUCAUGGAUAAGGUUCACGGAUCGCUGGCAUGUGCCGAAAAGGUGAGGGGUCAGACUCCAAAGGUGGCCGAGCAGGACAAGAAGAAGAAGCUGCGAGGCUGCGCCCACAAGCGUAUGCAGUACAAUCGCCGCUUCAUCACCGCCGUAGUUGGAUUUGGAAAGAAGCGUGGACCCAAUUCUUCAGAGAAGUAAGCAGCUUGCUGUAUGAGGAGUUUGGUUACGGAGGCAGUGGUUGAUCAUGAUGCACCAGUUUCGCACUCUUAUAUUUUGUUUGUAGCUAAACUACAUUUCAGUUUAGUAGUUUAUUCUUAAAAUCCGACUUUAUUUUGUUCAAGACUUCUCUUGCGGUUUAAAACAUGAAAAUGCAUGGGACGUGCCGA